UUGCCGAACCCGUUCUGGGAGGGAUAGUUGUUGGAAGUCAUUUGAGCGGGACCGCCUGGGUUCAUGGCUCAGAUAGAAAUGUACUUUUGUUGUUGUUGAUUAUAAGGCUCGUUGCGUGCACGGUCAGUGACAGGUGCAGCGGUUCGACAGCCAGAAAAGAGGUUGUGCGUGACCGUGAUCGUUUGCGUUUGCGUUCUUUGCGUGCAAUUAAGACGAGUGGAAUGUAGUAGUAUGAUGCAGAAUUGAAAAUGAAUAUCGAGUCCGAGGGAGCGACGAGUGCGAUGGCAAGUAACUUGGUGAUGGAGAGAGAGAAAGAACCAAGUGAGCAAGAGCCGGUGGUGACGCUUCCGGCGAGGUUUGAUCGGGUGGGUCGGGAAUUAAGGUCUGGAGGACGUACGUUCCGAGUGCUGGUCGAAGCAAGGAACGGAACAGUCGAACAAUCGAAUAAAAUACAGUCGAGAAUUAGGGAGUCCGGGGCUUGCUGUCAGCCGAUGAUGAUGAUAGGUUUGUAUUUUCGUCGAUGGAUGCCCUCGAGCGUAUCCUUCCUUGUCGGCCGUCUGUGCGUGCACGCGAGGGCUGGUGGUCUCUUCGUGUUUCAAUUCUCUCGAGCUUUUCCGUUGGCGCGUGCGUGUGCGUUGCAGAUGCGAACUAAUCAACCGACAGGAAGACAAAGGAAGGAAGUCACGGGAGGGAAGCUGAUUGAAAGAGGGAGAGGAGGGAAGGGAAGGGUGAGUUGGCGAGGUGGAGGAGAGGAAGAGGAGUGCAGGGAGUUGAGGAAAGAAGAAAGAGAGGCGACUGGAGACUCGAGAUGGCAGGCAGGCACGGUCGGAUGGACGGCGGCGAAAAUGGCAGGCGACAAGCCCCAGCCAGAACAAGCAACUCCUGCAGCUUCAGCCUUCAGGGCUACCGCUAGUCUGCUACUCCGUGCAUCCAGGGCUUCUGGCAGCUCUCGUAGGGGACUGGGGUCCUUUCAUCCAAUCAGCGUCGGCCUAUCCGUACACUCUGUUCAACAUGCCAGCCAAUGAGAGCGCCAAAGGCUGAUAGGCAUUUUGCGGACCACGGCUUUUCAGCACCAAGUGCUUUCAUCUGCUCUCUCCCGG